AUGGGCCGCCCGGAGCGGGGCGCGCUCCGGCCGCGGGCGCUGCUGCUGCUGCUGCUGCUGCUGCAGCUCCUGCAUCUCGGGGCGGCAGCGGAUUCGCUGCGCGGCAGCCAAGGGCCAGUCCAGGAGUGCGAAGAGCACCAGUUCCGGUGUCGGAACGGGCGCUGCAUCCCCUCCGUGUGGAGAUGCGACGAGGACGACGACUGCUCGGACAACAGCGACGAGGACGACUGCCCCAAGAAGACCUGUGCGGACAGCGACUUCACCUGCGACAACGGCCACUGCAUCCCCGAGCGGUGGAAGUGUGACGGCGAGGAGGAGUGUCCGGAUGGCUCCGACGAGUCCAAGGCCGCCUGCACCAAGCAGGAGUGCCCCGCCGAGAAGCUGAGCUGCGGCCCCACCAGCCACAAGUGUGUGCCCGCCUCGUGGCGCUGCGACGGGGAGAAGGACUGCGAGAGCGGAGCGGAUGAGGCCGGCUGUGCGCCCUUGUGCGCUCCGCACGAGUUCCGAUGCGGCAACCGCUCGUGCCUGGCCGCCGUGUUCGUGUGCGACGGCGACGACGACUGCGGGGACGGCAGCGACGAGCGCGGUUGUGCCGACCCGGCCUGCGGGCCCUUGGAGUUCCGCUGCGGCGGCGGCGGCGCCUGCAUCCCGGAGCGCUGGGUCUGCGACCGGCAGUUGGACUGCGAGGACGGCUCGGACGAGGCUGCCGACCUGUGUGGCCGCGCGGGCCCGGGGGCCACGGCCGCGCCCAAUGCCUGCGCCCCCGCCGUCCAGUUCGCCUGCCGCAGCGGCGAGUGCGUGCACCUGGGCUGGCGCUGCGACGGCGACCACGACUGCAAGGACAAGUCGGACGAGGCCGACUGCCCGCCGGGCACCUGCCGUGGGGACGAGUUCCGGUGUGGAGACGGCACCUGCGUCCUUGCCGCCAAGCGCUGCGACCAGGAACAGGACUGUCGGGACGGGAGUGAUGAGGCCGGCUGCCUGCAGGAGUCAACUUGCGAGGGUCCCCGCAGCUUUCAGUGUACGAGUGGCGAGUGCGUGGACAGCGGGAAAGUGUGUGAUGCUCAGAGGGACUGCCGGGACUGGUCGGAUGAGCUUCUGAAAGAGUGUGUUGCACCAACAUUCCGGGGAAACAGAAGGAGGCCCAGGGGGCUGAAUGAGUGCCAGCACAACAACGGCGGCUGUUCCCACAUCUGCACCGACCGCAGGAUCGGCUUUGAGUGCUCGUGCCCGGCCGGGUUCCGGCUCCUGGACCAGAAGACUUGCGGUGACAUUGACGAGUGUGAGGACCCAGAUGCCUGCAGCCAGAUCUGCGUCAAUUACAAGGGCUACUUCAAGUGCGAGUGCCACCCCGGCUAUGAGAUGGACACACUGAGCAAGAACUGCAAGGCUGCCGCCGGCAAGAGCCCGUCCCUGAUUUUCACCAACCGGCACGAGGUGCGCAAGAUAGACCUGGUGAGGCGGGAGCACUCGCGCCUCAUCCCCAUGCUCAAGAACGUCGUGGCGCUCGACGUGGAAGUUGCUACCAAUCGCAUCUAUUGGUGUGACCUGUCCUACCGCAAGAUCUACAGUGCCUACAUGGACAAGGCCAGCGACCCAGCAGAGCAGGAGGUCCUCAUCGACGAGCAGCUACACUCUCCAGAGGGCCUGGCGGUGGACUGGGUCCACAAGCACAUGUACUGGACCGACUCGGGCAAUAAGACCAUCUCGGUGGCCACAGUUGAUGGUGGCCGCCGUUGCACUCUGUUCAGCCGUGACCUAAGUGAGCCCCGGGCCAUCGCUGUUGACCCCCUGCGAGGGUUCAUGUAUUGGUCUGACUGGGGGUUCCAGGCCAAGAUCGAGAAGUCCGGGCUCAAUGGUGCGGACCGGCAGACACUGGUGUCAGACAAUAUAGAAUGGCCCAACGGAAUCACCCUGGAUUUGCUGAACCAGCGCCUGUACUGGGUGGACUCCAAGCUGCACCAGUUGUCCAGCAUUGACUUCAGCGGCGGCAACAGGAAGAUGCUGAUUUCCUCCCCCGACUUCCUGAGCCACCCUUUUGGAAUAGCUGUGUUUGAGGACAAGGUGUUCUGGACGGACUUGGAGAACGAGGCCAUUUUCAGUGCAAAUCGGCUCAAUGGCCUAGAAAUCUCCAUCCUGGCUGAGAACCUCAAUAACCCACACGACAUUGUCAUCUUCCAUGAACUGAAGCAACCAAGAGCUGCAGAUGCCUGUGAGCUGAGCGCCCAGCCCAACGGAGGCUGUGAGUACCUGUGCCUUCCUGCUCCCCAGCUCUCCAGCCACUCUCCCCAGUACACCUGUGCCUGUCCUGACACCAUGUGGUUGGGCCCAGACAUGAAGAGGUGCUACCGAGCACCUCCGUCUACCUCCACGACGACAUUAGCCUCGACCACGACAAGUACAGCAGCUGCCACCACAGGAGCCCCUGGGACCACUGUCCACAGCCCCACCUACCAGAACCACAGCACAGAGACACCAAGCCUGGCAGCUGCGGUCCCAAGCUCUGUUAGUGUUCCCGGCGCUCCCGGCAUCAGCCCGUCAACCCCCAGCCCUGCAACCAGCAACCACUCCCAGCACUAUGGGAAUGAAGGUGGCAAGAUGGGCUCCACAGUCACUGCUGCUGUCAUUGGGAUCAUCGUGCCCAUAGUGGUCUUGGCCCUGCUGUGCACGAGUGGCUACCUGAUCUGGAGAAACUGGAAGCGGAAGAACACCAAGAGUAUGAACUUUGACAACCCGGUGUACAGGAAAACAACGGAAGAAGAAGAUGAUGAUGAACUCCACAUAGGGAGAACUGCUCAGAUCGGCCAUGUCUAUCCUGCAGCAAUCAGCAGCUUUGAUCGCCCACUGUGGGCAGAGCCCUGUCUGGGGGAGACCAGAGAACUGGAAGAAUCAGCCCCUGCCCUCAAGGAGCUUUUUGUCUUGCCUGGGGAACCAAGGUCACAGCUGCACCAACUCCCGAAGAACCCUCUUUCCGAGCUGCCUGUCGUCAAGUGCAAGCGAGUGGCAUUAAGCAUUGAAGAUGAUGGACUGCCUUGAGGAUGGGACCACCCCUUCGUGCCUCAUGGAAUUCAGUCCCAUGCACUAGACUCUGUGGAUGGUGUAGGACAGGGUGGAUGAGUUUCUGUAUAUGGGUCUGUGUGCGUGUGUAUGUGGGUGUGUGUCUUUUUUUUUUUUUUUUUUUAAUUUAUGUUGCGGAAAGGUAACCACAAAGUUAUGAUGAACUGCAAACAUCCAAAGGAUGUGAGAGUUUUUAUAUGUAUAAUGUUUUAUACACUUUUUAACUGGUUGCACUACCCAUGAGGAAUUCAUGGGCUGGCUACUGUUAAGUGACUAACAUGAUGUACAUAACCAAACAGGCACCCAGGGGACAGAACCUUACUCAUCAGCUAAAAACUAUAUUUACAGAGGAUGUUUGAUUUUAGGGGCUUUUUUAGGUUUAGGGGUUUGGAGGUUUUUUUUGUAAAUAAGAUGAUUAUGCUUUGUGGCUAUUCAUCAACAUAAGUAAAAAAAAAAAAAGAAAAAUACUUCAAUUCCCUCCCCCCUUUAGAUUAUUUAUUAACAUAUUUUUAAAAAAUAAGAUUAGUUCUAUAAAUAAUUUAGAGAAGUGAGAGUAUUUAUUUUUGGUAUGAUUGGCCCACCACACAGACUUGGUGUGUGUCCUUGUAUGUAUGCAAGUAUGUGAGAGAGACAGAUCUGUAGAGAAAAGGCACACCAGUAUCUAUUGUUCAAAUACAGAAAGAGCGAAUUAUUUUAAAAGAGUCCACAAGAGUGAUUUUCAGAAAAGCCUUUGGAAAUUUAGCUCAGAAAAUAGAUACCAUGGUUUGUGCAAACACAUGUGAAAGAGGCAAAUCUUCUCGCCCCUGGCUGUUCCUGAGACCCUCCUAAGGCAGGAAAGCCUUUCCACUCCCUCCAGGCUGCUGUGGCUCCCACCUGGGCUUUCUUGUCAGUGGUUAAGGUCAGUGCACAGACAUCCCGCAGUGCCAGGAGCUUUCGGGAGCUCCAGGAGGAACAUGCCGAAACCUCAGCUACUCCUUGUUUUCAAGUUCAGCUCUUUGAGUGACAUCAGUUUCCUUCAGGACACUUGGAUUGAACUUGAAGUGUAUCAUCCAUAUACAUAAGUGGAGAUGUUUCCAGAACAACCCAAGUUUACUGUAGGGACUGGCUCAGGCUCUGGACCUCUGAGACAUGCUGUGAAUGAAGAUAAGAAUGAUGGAAUAGGUUUUAUUACUCACCAUUUCUCCAUUUCCUUCAAGGGAGGAAAAUGUUUUAAAGUAAUAAACAGGUGUCUUACCUUUACAUAUUCAUAAAGAUAAAACUAAUUUUUGGCUUUAGUCAGAAAAGAUGGCCAAACUUAAAGUCGUAUUUGAGGGGAGAAAUGGCAUACACAGUAUUAUAUUGGAUGUAUGUAUUCACACAGGGAUUUGGUUUACUGCUUUGUACAUAGAAGGAAAAAUCUGGGUGUAUGUAUAAAUUUUUUCCAUGAUGGACAUCGUUGCUUUUCCUGGGGCUUAGGGGAAGUGGGAAGAAGUGCUGUUUUCUGUUUGUGGGAUCUACCAUUGGAAACAUAAUCCUACAGUCCCAGGAGCAAUGUAAUCCCCUCUGGCUUUCUCAUCGGAAGUGUGGUCUUUUCUUGACUCUGCUGUUCUGCCACUUUGCUCCCACCAGACAACCAGGGACCAAGUGCAACAUGGGAGUGUUUCACUCCACUAGGAGUGGAGGACAUGUAUCUAAACAUAACAUACCUGGAACUUGACACACUCAAGCAAUUGCCUCCACCCCCAUCCUCAGUGAAGCUUGGCCGUCUCACCAGGGUGAUGCCCUUUGAAUUUUCAGGCAGACAUUCCGAAGUUCUACCAUCUUAUUCCUGGGACUUCCUCCACACCUUUAAGCAAACCGCUGAGCUCUGGAGCUUGGGCAGUGUUUUGUACAAGGCGGCAGUUUCUUCCUGACAAUGCUACGUUGAUAUUCCAGAAACACUGACUGAGAGGGUCAAUGCAGUUGAGCCAGAAUGACUAAGAGCAAACAGAAUGUUGAGAACAGGGGGCCAACUCCUAUGGAGCUAAAUCGCUACUAUUCUUUCAAGAAUGGAAAGUAAAAUUAUUUUUCACUGAAAAUGAUGAAAGUGAAAAACAUUGACAUUAUACAAAACAAGAGCCUUUUUGUAUAACCUGCCUCCAAAGAAAUUGAAUUUUCCAGGGAAUUAAGCGAUAACAGUGGCUGAUGUGUAGCUUCUAAACUCCUGGCCUUCACAGAAGAAAAAAUACUGAGGUCUACAAACGAUGGUGAAAUUCCCAGCUUCCUCAGAGACACCCGUGUUUCCUGAAUAUGCUGCAGCAGCAGUUUGAAAGAGGCAGCUAUGGCGUGGCCUUCAAGAAUCAAAUGGUGAGAUACUCAUCUGAGAACUGAUCCCUCUCCCCCACACUGGGGGUUUCGGAGCGCCCUCUGAGGUGGUUACGUUUUGUUGCCUGUGCCUCCUGUGCAUCUACAGUCACUUAUAGAUCAGAGAGACAUUGGACUGGAGCUAAAAAAAGAGCUUAGAGGCAAUAAGGCAAAGAGAAAAUAUACCCAGCAAUAUUUCAAAGAAAGGUCCCAGUCUCUUUCCUCCUGCAGGAGACUAGUUUGGGCUGCCUGAAGGUUGUACCAGACUAUUGUCUUUCCUAUGGCCCAUCUUUCCAGCGAAGUUAUAAAAGCACUGGCAGGAAUGGCCUUGUGAAAACUGAGAAUAUGAAAACUUUAUUUAUUCACUCUUGAUAGCAUGAUUAUUUAUAAAACAGAUUGAAAUAAUCUGAAACCUCAACUGGAAAAAAGAGAAUUAAAUUAUGGCAAUAAGUACUCUUGAUCCCACCAGUUCUCUACAUGACUGUAGUGUAUUCGUUCUCUAGAAGGGUCUCUAGGUGCUGACGGUGUGCCGGGCACUGCAGAUGUAAAGCCAAUCUGCCAUUUCCUGUCUGACGGAGUAGUAGAGGAAGACGUGGGAAUAAGGAAUAGAUUCUACUCAGAGCACAGUGAGGGCACAAAGCCCACUCUACCUGAGGAGAUGAGGGACGAGGUCAUCACAGGAGAAGUGACCCUACACGAAGUCUUAAACACUGAGAAUAGUCCAGGCCACAGUCCAAGGCCAAGGAAACAGGCAUAAAAUAGCACUGGGACUUUAAAGAACUGCACAUACUUGAUCUUCACUGGAACAAAGGCUCCAAAGGGGACUUAGCAAGACAUGAGGCUAGAUGGAAAGACAGGUUCAAUGUAAGCACUUUAUAAAAUACUUAUAUUUAAAUUACAGCUCAAUGAAGCAAACUUUGCUUGGCUGUUUACUGUGUACAAGAAACUAAGUGCAUCACGGAAAAUUUUCCUGGAUGCACCCCCAGCACUUUGCAGAUGCGACGUGAGUCAGCCUCAAGCUUUCCAGUGGCCAAAGGGAACUGUUGACUGCUCUUCAGAUAUCUGAAUUGAAGAUUUUUGAUACGGUCAGUGACAACUAAGAUAAAGGCAAUGAGAUUUUCACAGAAAUAUGCCAUGGAGUCAACACCCUCCUAGGGUUUCUCAGCUGUGAGAAAGGAAACUGGAAAUGUUGAAGACAUGGAGCCUGGAGAGGAGAGCCCCAUCACUGUCCGGUCAAAUGCUGCUGGGACUGGGGAGAGGGCGCGGGAACACGAGCCUUCCCCUACCCCCGCACUCCGGCCGCACCCUCAUCAUUUCACAGAAUAGAAAUGAGGUAGCACUUAAAGGUUUCAGAGUAAGUCAUUUCCUUUCCCAUAAAUGCAUGAAGGUAGAGUAUCAGAGUCUUUUAAUGCUGAAUUUUUAGGGUAUUGGGGAUUUUUCAGGAUAUGGAGAAUCGAGAAGGUGCGGGGAUCACAGCUUCAAAUUUUUAGUUAGUAUCAAAAAAUCAGGAAGCUCUGUUCAUUCAGGCUGUGCACUAUGUGCACAGUCAAGAAUCAGCAGACACCCUCUGCAUUCGCAAACAUUUUGUGCUGUAAAAAGUAAUUUUAACAAAGUCACCUGUAUACAUACAUAUAUAUAUAUAUAUAUAUAUAUAUAUUUAAAGACAAGGUUUUGAUACUUUUUUUACAAAAACUACAAGAGACACAAAUACCUGUACAAACCAUGUACUUUUAAAAAGACUUUUGUUCCACACAAGCUG